AUGGCAUCACUGGAAGGUAACAGUACGACACUUGACUGUCCGGAUUUGGUGAAUCAAGAGGAUAUCUCGUUUGAAAGAGCAAAGGAUUAUAGUGAUGAUUCGGAUACUACAAGACAAUUAGAUUCCGAUUAUAAUACACUACAUAGUAUUAAAAAGAAAUGCCAAGAUGUGAUGAAGGAAUUGGCAAUCAGUGAUAUUACAGAGAUUGACAAAGAACUUGAACCCGAUGAAAAAGAGAAGAAGAGACAUAUCAGACAGCUCAAUCGAUACAAUGAAUUGAAAGAUACCGCGAUGCAGUUGAUUUCGAUGAUUGCGGAACAAAGAGGGUUAAGGAUCAAAGAUGUAAUGAAUGAGAUUGGAGUUGAAGGGGAAUAG